AUGGGGGUAGACUUCUUUUCCUACAGUUUCAAUUUCUGUUUUUUUCUUUUUCAACUUUUUCAAUGUCAAUUUGGGUGUUCAUUUAUUAAAUGUUACAUUUUUUCUUCAUUUCUCUUUUUGCUUUUAUUUUACUUUUUUCUCGUUUUCUUUUUUUUUCUGUCUGUCUUCUCUUUUGCACUCUAUUGUUCACUUGACUCUCCAUUUUUCACUCUCUUUUCUCUUUCUAUAUUUAUCUUCUCUCUCUCUCCAUUUUUCACUCUCUUUUCUCUUUCUAUAUCUAUCUUCUCUCUCUCUCUCCAUUUUUCACUCUUUUCUCUUUCUAUAUUUAUCUUCUCUCUCUCUCUCCAUUUUUCCCUCUUUUUUCUUUCUUAUUUAUCUCUUCUCUCUCUCCAUUUUUCACUCUCUUUUCUCUUUCUAUAUUUAUCUUCUCUCUCUCUCUCAUUUUUCACUCUCUUUUCUCUUUCUAUAUCUCUCUCUCUCUCUCUCUCCAUUUUUCACUCUUUUCUCUUUCUAUAUUUAUCUUCUCUCUCUCUCUCCAUUUUUCACUCUCUUUUCUCUUUCUAUAUUUAUCUUCUCUAUCACUCUUUUUACAUUAAUUUUUUUCUAUCUUCUAUCCUUUUUUAUCUUUUUGUCUAUCUCUUUCUCUCCAUUUUUUCUCUUUUUUCUCCCCUCUCCAUAUUUAUCUUCUCUUUUUUCCUCUCCAUUUUCUCUCUUUUCUCUUUCUAUAUUUAUCUUCUCUAUCACUCUUUUUACAUUAAUUUUUUUCUAUCUUCUAUCCUUUUGUUUCUUUUUGUCUAUCUCUUUUCCCCUCUCCAUUUGUCUCUCUCUCUUUUUUCCCCUCUCCAUUCGUCUCUCUCUCUUUUUUCCCCUCUCCAUUCGUCUCUCUCUCUCUUUUUUCCCAUCUCCAUUCGUCUCUCUCUCUCUCUCUUUUUUCCCCAUCUCCAUUCGUCUCUCUCUCUCUCUCUCUUUUUUCCCAUCUCCAUUCGUCUCUUUUUCUCUCUCUGA